UUCCAAGGUAGCGUCACAAUGAGCGAUGAAAAGUCCAAACCAACGUCAGUGCUGCAGCAUAUAGAAUCGGCGCUAUAUGUGAUCAACCAGCUGUGCAUAGGAUUCGUCACCAUUUGGGUCAGCUGGACCUGUUUGCGCCAGGACCUCUCGGGAAUUCGCCUGCAUGCCUGGCUGGUUACCUUCGGAUUUGUGUUCCUAAUGGCCGAGGGAAUGAUGUGCUUCUACGACGGUAGUUGGCUAACGGUGCGUUACUCCCGAAAGUACAAGACUGCCUUUCACGUGGUCCUUCAGAUCCUGGGGGGCGGCAUGGGCGUGGCCGGCUGUUUGAUCCAACUUAUACGUGACGAUUGGGCAAUCAGCGUCACGUUGCAUGCACGCCUGGGUUUCGCCGCCUUCAUCCUGUGCCUGAUCUCAUUGCUGAGUGGACUUGUCGCCUUCCUGGCGAGAUGCCUGAGCAGGACCAUCUCACCUUUGGUCAACAAGACCUUCCACGUGGUCCUCAGCUUUGCCGCCUUCGUCAUCGCCAUGAUGGCGCAGUUUUACGGAUACACGCAGACUGGAAUUUUCAGGGGCCAAGGCCAGGAUUUCGUUGUUCUCAUGCAGGUCGUCACUAUGGUCCUAAUGGUCCUAACCAGCAUUGGCGCCAUUACGUCCCUGUACCAGAAACUUGGUAGCUUGGCCAGUUAAAAACGCUCGACAUCUAUCUUUUAUCCUGUAUAUGGUGCAUUUUGAGCUAAGCUAGACUAUUUGUUAUUCAUAUAUUAAUGUAAUGUUAUUAUAAGGAUAUAACUAAGAACUAAGAGAACAAAAGUCCGAGUAAACAAUGUGAUUACGAUUUAAUUAAAGUAGUGAACAAUGUGCAACUCAUGUGCAAAAGAUAAAUGUUAUAAAACCCCUCAACAGCAUUAGGUAUGCAACGUAUUUUUGAGGGGUUAGCAAUCCCUCCAAUUCUAAAGCUUUCUUUGUGGGUUUUUAAUGUUAUUGAAAAAGAUAAAAAAGCAACGUACUUUUGGAAAAAGAACAAAGCACCCAAUUUUAUAAAACAUACUAUGUAUUUAAAAAAUGGAAUUUCGAGGACACAACCCUUUGUGGAAUCGUAUGCUUACU